ACAAACGAGAACCGCCCUCUUCCCUCUCUCGCCUCCUCUCAUUUUUCGCUUCGUACAUUCAGUCAGUCAAGUUCUCCAUUAGUUUUACUUGUGGCGGGAACUCACUUUUGGCGACAUUGACGGCGAUUUGGUUUCUUUUACGGCAUUCUUUUGAUUUUUUUCCCUUCAUCUCCAAACGCCUAUUGGGCCCCAAUGCUAUUGUCUGAUUGUUAUGGAAAUGUGAAACGCAUGCGGUUUUGAUUGUGCCUCGAAAACGCGGCGUUCUUGAAUCUAGGGUUUCUGUUGUUUGACUAUCGCGACUGGGUCUCUUUUUCCUGUUCGAAUAUUGGGAACUUAAUUCAUAUGCAGGUUUGCGUCCCUUAUAAUUGCAUCUGCACAUAGUUAUAAGGAUGCCUCUAUUCAAAAGAAAGGCUUUUCCUUUGGCUGAACUUCCUAAUGAUUUGGAACCUCAUGAGCUUGUAUACCAAGUUCGAUUUACAGAGGAGAUAUUUCGGGGCUACGAUGAAUAUUUGAACCGGAUAAAUUUAUAUCGCCAGAGAGUUUGGAUGUGUAAAGUCUCUGGAAAGACUAACUUGACCUAUGAAGAGGCUUUGCUGUCAGAAGAGCGGGCUACUGAGAAGGUUCAUCAGUUCCCGAAAGAGCUAAUGGAACCUGCCCUGCAGAUUAUUCAAUACAGUAUGCUUUCAUUGAAAGACCUUUCUGAUAUGGUAGCUGAGAAGUUGCAGGAACGGUUAUAUGUGGGUGCUGAAAUAUAUGGAAGGAAGGAUGAUGAUAUGUAUCCAUGCAUAGUAUCAAAGAUUAUUGAAGAUGAUGUUGGAAAAAUUGAAUAUGAGGUAGCUUGGCUCGACAAAAAUAAGGAAGUUAUAGAAACUUCGGUAAUAAAUAGGGAAGAUGUGAUACAAAAGAAGCUGCCAUUUAGUAGAAAAUUUUUGAAGUCUUUUAUUCGGGAAUCUACAUACCGUAGUGCUCCUUGGGUGCUUCAUGAUAAACUUGCACAAAGUUAUGGAAUAUCAAAAAAUGUUCCAGAGAACUUAAGAAGCAAAGUUUCUUUCAAGGAUGGAUUACUAGUCUGCAAUAAGAGAAGGAAAAAUGGGGAGGAAGCAAAACAUGACCUUGAAAAUUGUAAAAGGAAAAAAGUUGACGGUUCAGAAGGUGAUGAACCAGUGGAAGAACCUAUCAAAUAUCCAAUUGAUGACCUGUUAGUGCAGCCAGAUGCAGAUGAUCCAGUUUUCACAGAUCGCCCUUCUCCAUCAAGGGACUUCAAUGUUCCAAUGGAAUGCGUUGGUGAUCUUUUAAUGGUUUGGGAUUUUUGUUCUUCUUUUGGUAGGCUGUUGCACUUAUGGCCAUUCUCUCUUGAAGAUUUUGAAAAUGCUAUCUGCCACAAGAAGGGCAAUUUGGUCCUUCUUGUGGAAGCUCAUUCGGCUCUUCUUCGGUUGCUCAUAAAAGACAAUGGUGAAUAUUUUUCAGCUGUGCGGGAAAGAAAUCGAAAAUUAAAGAUUACCCUAAUCACUUGGACAGAGUUUUUGUGCGAUUUUUUAGAAAUGAUCAACAUUCCUGAAUUAUGUGCUUACGUAGCAACUAUCAAGCGGGGGCACUAUGGCCUUUUAGAUGCUCAUGCUAAAUUGGGAAUCUUCCGAGAAUUGGUUAAUCAUGCACUUGAAACAAAUAUUGUUAGGGAAAAAUUGGAUAAGUUUGUUGAGCAGAGGCAGGCUCUUGGAGCCACAAGAAGGGAGGAAGCAUUGGAGGAAGCCAGAAAGAAAAGAAAAGAGAAAGAACGUUUGAGGGCAGAGUCUGAUGUCGAUCAAGUAAUGGAUUUGGAGAGUAAAGGAAGUGCAUCCGAAAAUGGUAAUCAUAUAAGACAGAAUGGAGACAUAGUAAAGAAAAGAAAUGGUGAGAUCCGAUCAUCUAGACAGGAUAGUGCAUCGGAAAAAAGUGGGAGCAAGCAAGUGGACGCUGCUCCAAAGAAAAUGGCCAGGAAACAGAAAGUGGAAGUGAAAGUCCCAACAGCCAAUGGCAAUGGGAAGGAUUUAUCUGAGAAGGAAGCACUGGAACGGUCAAGGGAUGAUAGAAAGGAAGUCGUCGGACAGAGCAGCAAAGAACGAAGGAGGGAGUAUUAUGAACGGGAGAUCGAGAAGCGGUUUAUACGUACCAAUUCCUUAGGUAAAGACAGAAAUCAUAACAGAUAUUGGUGGUUCCAGCGUGAUGGCAGAAUAUUUGUUGAGAGUUCUGACUCCAAGCAGUGGGGGUAUUACAGUAGCAAGGAAGAGCUCUAUCUGUUGACCGGCUCACUAAAUUGCAAGGGUGAGAGGGAGAGGGCACUUAAAAAGCAGCUGGAAAAAUUUAUUAGCAGAAUAUGCCUGGAAAUCGAAAAGAGAUCAAAGGACUUAGCUCAAAGGGUUGCAUUGGAGGAGGCAGUGCUCCGAAGAUCUUCUCGCGUACGAGCUCCACCAAGGAAAAAUCCUGCCAAUGCUUUCCUUGAGUAUGUUAACAAGUGGAAGGAAGACUAACUAAGCUUCCGCAGUCCACUACAUUUAACUUGCAUUAGGACAAAAGGAGACUAGGAAUUUUUUGUUGGAGUCCAUUGCAUUCUUGUGAUCGCUUUUGUGGGCAUCUCUGGAGUGUUGAGGGCCGAGGAAGUGGUGACAGAAAAGUAGGGGAGGAAUUGGGAUGUAGCAGUUUUUUUUUGUUAAUAUAUCAAUUUUUUCUUAUCCAUUCCUCUACCAGUCCAGUAGACAGACUUGUAUUUGUGCUUGACACUCAAUUUCUAUAAAUGACCUUGCUUGACAUUUU